AUGUUAAAGGGUGACGCGAGAGAUCAAUUAUGGCUUAAGGUUAAUGGGGUUGACAUAAGGUUUAGCCCAUUCGAGUUCACUCUUAUUAUCGGCCUUCACCUCAGUCAGUUCAUUGAUAUUGAGAUGUAUCUUUCAUGGGGUGUUGGCUAUAAGAUUCGGGACACCUACUUUAUGGGUUCAAGAAAGAAAAAUCUAGAACCCAGAAUUGUCCUAUAUGUUUUAUCUCUUAUUCUUGGCCAUAGCAGAUCCCCAGACAACAAAAUUCUGGAAAUGGCGACUUCAUUGAAUUGUUCAUCCUACAAGAAAUAUGAGAUCCGAAAGAGAAACCCAGAUCCUAAGACUUGUGUUUUAUUAGUGAUCGACAUGCAAAACUAUUUCUCCGCCAUGGCCAAACCCAUUCUCGACAACCUUCUCACCACCAUCCGCCUCUGCCGACGCGCCUCCAUCCCCGUCUUCUUCACCCGCCACUGUCACAAGUCCCCCGCCGACUACGCCAUGCUUGGCGAGUGGUGGAAUAACGACCUUGUUUACGACGGCACCGUGGAGGCCGAGCUCAUGCCCCAGAUUAAAGAGGUGGCGAGCGCUGAUGAAGUGAUCGAGAAGAAUACUUACAGCGCGUUUGCUAGCACGCGCUUGCAGGAGCGGUUGGUGGAGAUGGAUGUGAAGGAGGUGAUAGUGAGUGGAGUUAUGACUACUUUGUGUUGUGAAACGACGGCGCGUGAGGCGUUUGUGAGAGGGUUUAGGGUGUUUUUUUCGACGGAUGCGACAGCCACGUCAGAUAUUGAACUACAUGAGGCUACCUUGAAGAACUUGGCAUAUGGGUUUGCUUACUUGGUUGACUGUGAAAGGCUUCAAGUGGGGCUUUUUGGGAAUUAAGAAAUGUUACUGUGUUUGAUGAAUUUCAGCCUGUGUCCUUCAUUUCAUUUAGCAAUAUGUCUAUAUGAAGUCUAUCCAUGUACUGGAGUAGGGUUUUGUUUAAUUCCAUAUUGUUAAUAGUAAGCUAAGUCAGGAGCUGAUGCAAAUCAA